GUUUUUGGCACACCGCACAAGAUGGCCGAUUUGUUAGGCUCGAUUUUGGGGUCAAUGGAAAAGCCCCCAUCAGUUGGAACAGAUGAACGCAAAAAAGCCAAAGGUUCGAAUAUUUCGUAAUUAGUGUCAGUGGAAAAACGUAAUCAUAAAAUGUAGCCAAAUAGUUAUAUUUCUCUCUCUAUUUGUUUUUCUAGUUUAUAGAACUAAGUGACUGAAACUUAUCUGUGAAUGAUUGUUUUUUUGAAUGGCUUGAAUUUGAAUGACAUAAAAUAAUGAAUGGAAUGGAGUGAGUUAAGCCCUUUUAAAAAUUGCAGCUUCUCAGAGCUAACUUUGUUAUUGUGGUAAUGUGCACAGUGGUAAACUGAGACAAUCCGCCAUAUUUGUUACCAUGACCCGUGCAGUGAAAGGUCACGCCUUAAAACCUAUCCCUAUUUCCUUAAAUUCAAAAAAAAAAACACGAACCCUAAACCUAACCUGAACCUUAUCCUGAACCUAUUUUAUCAAGUUUAAUGGUUAAAUCUGAGGACGAAUGCCACUGGGUCUUUUGGGUGUUCAGGGUUUAGGUUAGGUUGAGGGAUUGAUUUAGGGUUCAGGUUAGGCCACUUAGGCAUAGGAAUAGGGAUCGAUUUAGGGUUCAGGUUAGGCAUAGGGAUCGAUUUAGGGAUACAUUCGUGAAAGAAUUAACUGUUUGUGUCAACCAAGAUGGCGUCGUCGAUAAAAUAGUGGCAUUCGUCCUCGUAAUUUACCCGUUUAAUAAACAUGUAAAUGACACCAUGGCGCUAAUUGUCUGCUUUUGUCACAACAAUUAAAACUUCCUGUUUCCAACCUCGUGCACACAACACACUGUUGUCACCAAGUUAAAACUAAAUAUAUCGUCAUCGAAAUAUCUGAUUAAGAUCUGAAAUGGCUCUUUGCAGUACCGACACUGGUUUUAACAAAACAAUAAAAUGAAGCUGAGACUGUGCAUCUCCCCCACCCAUUACGGGCAAAAGUUGCGUUCUCCUCUGUCUUCAUCUUUAAUAUUCUCGUAUAAACAAUAUCUGAGCAAUAGCCUGUAAUAGCCUAUAGCCAACAUUAAAGUUGCUACGCCACUCACUAAGUUUUGUUCAUUUGCAGUAAAUCGGUAAAUGUGCAGUUUACAGCAUGAGUUUUGCCUAGCGCUGUCUUACUCUAAGCAUAUUGUCACUUUGUGGAAUCCCAACGCUGGACUUGGGGUGAUUGGAGCUUAACCAAUGAGAAUAAUACAUUUUCUGUUCUUCACUGAGCAUUAUUCACGUCAGAAGCAUAAUCUGAUGAGUAAAAAUGAAAUUUAAAUGAAAUAAAUUCAACUGAAAUUUUUCUUGUUUUUAUUAAAUUGAACUACAAGGUUCAAAAGAAAUAAAAAGAGAAACUCAUCCUCAAGAUCCACACAAGAAAAAAGAUGCCCGCAUGGUUGAAAGUGCUGUCUUUUGAUCAUUGAAAACAAAGUACCUGUAUUCUAUUCAUUACUAUAAUGUCGCAAUUUAACAGGAAAUUUCAACAUAAUUUCCGGGGGUGGAGAGACCUCUCCCCUAAUUCCAAUAAAAAAAUAACAAAAAAAUUUCUGGGGAGUGGAGACCCCUCCUCAUAACCCCUUUCCCAUCUUUCAAGACAAAAAACUACAAAUGAGAAAUAAAAAAAACAUCAAAUUAAUACAGACCUAAAUUUUGAAAUAUUUCGAAAAAACAUAACUAUGGCAGGUUGUUCGCCCGGGGAACCUCCAUGACCUAUAUACUGAUGAAGACAUUGCAGACCCUGACGUUAACUGCAUUUUUGCCGUAAAAUCAUAAUGAUAUAUUCGCAUGUAAUAAAAAUAUGUAAAACAAUAAGGUAAACAUAAAUGAAACAAAGUGAAUAAUGAAUGUACAUUGGUUGUUAUUUUAACCAAAUACCCUUGCUUUAGUAGGAUAUUCACUGGAUUCUGUCUCUGUAAUGAUGAUCCCAUUAAGAUUACUUUGCUGAAAAAAUUCACAUUUUUGUUUCGACAAAAGCAUAAAUUAAUAAGGAGUGAAGAAAGACAUUUUUUUAUUGGUAAUAAUAUAAAUGCAGUAUUAUGUAAAACUAGAAUCAACAAAGUUUGCUUCACAAAAUGAGAUAGGUGGUUCAGUCCAUACCACUCUUACAUUCAUAUUGAUCAUUAAUCAUAGUAAUAUGAAUAAUAUACCGUAAAAAUGGACAAACUCACAAUUUUCAUAUAGUUUUUUGAAUUCAUAUAUGAACAAUUAAUAAAGCUAGUUAACGUUGUUUUUUUUUCUCCAUCAAACAGUAUCAUUUUUAUAAUUAAUGUAUUUUGUUGUCGUUAAGCCAACAUUCAAUGAUUCAUCCCUAGAUUGUGUGGAUGGAAGCAUUGCAGUCUUUCACCUAUAUAGCAAAUUAUGCCUCAGACGUUUUACAUACUACCGAUUGCCUAACAUACACUGAGCGCAUCUCAUCGCGCCCUACCCAUCGCCAGCUUUUAUAACAUCAAAUAAAAGAAAAGCUUAAAAAGGAAAAUAAUGUUUGAUUAUAUUGUGCAUAUUCAUUUUCAGCACAUAAAUAAAUACAUAUUUAAACAAAUACAACAUUUUACAAUUAUAGCAAUUUAAACACAAGAUUUCCAAAGUAUUUCUCUAGCUUAGAUUCAGCCUUAAAUGAACUCCUUUAUUGACAAUGAUGAUUAAUUAGAGAUACAUCAUUUUAAAAGAAUAGCUACAGACUUUAAAAAAAAAAACAGCUUGAAUAUCAAGGGUCAAAAGGUAAUAUUGGUGUCUUUGUAAAACCAAAAGCCAUCUUUUUCCAAUGGUGUGCUAUUUGUGAAGGCCAGAAAAUUUGAGGUGGAGUGCCAAGGCAUAAUAUUUAUUAAUAAUUAGCUUAGGAAAUUAUUUUCAAAUGUAAUUGUCUAAAAUAAAAUUUGGUCUAAAUAAUGGGCCCAGUAAAUUGUUUUAGUUAAAUCACCCAAAAAGGACACUAUACAUAAAUAACCUGACACUAUUAGUUACACCACUCUCCCCCCCCCCCCCCCCCCUCUAAAAUAAAAUUGUGUCUAAAUAAUGGGCCCAGUAAAAUGUUUUAGUUAAAUCACCCAAAAAGGACACUAUACAUAAAUAACCUGACACUAUUAGUUACCCCCCUCUCCCCCCCCCCCUCCCCAACCACACACACAACUGUCACAAAAGUAGCGGUUAUUGAAAGGGAGGUCACUUUAAAUAUUUGGUUUGCUAUUACCAACAAAAAAGACAAUGCCAGUUUUGGCUUAAUUUUUUUUUCAUUAUUCUGAAAUUCUCACGUCUGGUUGACUUUAAUAUAAUGAUUAAAUUAUCAGACUUACUUAGAAUUUUAAAACUUAGUGACCCUUUGCUAUUUAUAAUCAUUAUAUUUCCUGGCAUUUUGCAGUGUAUGCGGACCUCCACAAACUGAGGUGUGGGUGGGUAAGCCACAUGCAGACAAUGGGGGAAGGGGGUUGGUAAACCAUGUGCAAAGGGGGAAUGAGUUGGGUAAGCCACAUGGAGAUUUAGGGGAGGAGAUGAGUAAGCCACAUACAUUUAAGGGGAACAAGGGAGAUGGAAAAGAUGCAUAUUGUUUAUGAAUAACCUCUUACUAAAUCCUAAAAGCCUCGUCUUUAGCCUUUUCUUUUUACUCUCAGCUCAGAAGGUGUUGAUUGAGAAACAGCAGGAAGCAGAGAAGAAACUGCUUGACAGCUUCCGACAAAAGGUUAUUGUUAAAUUAUCAUAGUUGUACUGAUUGUGGUAAAAUCUUCACUUUAUUUGAGCUGAAGAGAGUUUUCUAACCUAUUUGAUGGUAAAAAUGCUUUCAAUUUAUUGUUUCUUUGAUAAUUUAGCCGUUACCUUUACUCUUAUGACUUUAUUAAAAUGAUUACCCAUUGCAAUCAAUUAAUUGAUAUUUUCGUAAUCUGAAUUUUUAGAUUCAAAAGAGAAUCCAUGAAUUCAUUAAAGAUGGAAAUCUGGAGAAAUUGAAGAUUGAACCAAUGGAGAAAGUUCAACGUGCCAUUGUGUAAGUUGUGUAUGACUGAAGUAUUUUGAGACAUUCAAUUACUUAACCCAUUUAUGCCUAGUGUUCCAUUAUUAAAUUGGUACACAUGUUGAGGUCUGAUGUUUCACACAAGCCAUCUUCCCAGGGUCUAUAUUUUCACUAAGUACACAGAUUUUGUCACCCUGAUGCAGAUAUUAUGUACUGGAUGGUCCUCAAAAAUUGAGGACAUUUUAUUUUCACAUUUUUUUAGGAGCAUCCACAUAUAAAUAGAUAUGAUUUUUCUGUCCAUUCUAUAAUGGUAUUUUUUUAAAUAGAGCUAUUGACUAGUCAUAUUAUGUUAUUACCCGGUACACUGUAAAAAGGAAAAUACCAAAGUUAUUAUUGUUGUACUAUUAGAGGGCUUGAAAUGUUAGAUGUUCCAUAUUUUGGAACUCUAGGCAAAUCCCUUACCAAUAGGACUAUCAGUAUAGACCAAUGGUUCUCAACCUUCCUAAUGCCGCGAAACUUUAAUACAGUUCCUCAUGUUGUGGAUACCCCCAACCAAUGUUCCCUUUAAGCUGCGCGCUAUCUCACAGACGCUGGGCAGCAGUUUUGAGUACUGCGCAGCAAAUUUCCAUGUAAUUGUGUGUUUGAGGGCUGUAACAUUUUACACACAAAAAAAAUUGAUACUUUAAAACUUUGCACACAACUGUAUGAUUUUGCACACGAACCAACAAACCUUAGAGGGAACAUUGCCCCCAACCAUGAAAUUAUAUGUUUUCCAAUGUCUUAGAUGACCCCUGUAUUUAUUUGUCUUCUCCUAGGCAUGAUGUUGCAGAGCUGGCCGGCCUCGCCUCAUUUUCCUUUGGACUUGAAGAAGAAGACAGAUAUGUGAUGUUAUGGAAAAAGGUGCGUAACUGUUGUAUUUGAUUGUUGCAGUUUACUAUACAUUGCAAUUCGCUUAUAGUUUUUGCAAUGCACUUUGGGUAUGAUGAAUAAUAUUAAUAGAUUGAAUCACUCAAAAUUUUCUAUUCGGCAAAAUUAUUAUCUUAAACCAUCAGGUAACCAAAACACUAAUUUGGGCAGAAAACCUCCUUUUUUUUUUUUUUUUUUUUUUUUUUUUUUUUUGAGGCCCCCCAUUCAUUUUUUUUUUUUUUUUUUUUUUUUUUUCAUAUUUGAGGGCCCACGAUCAAUUUAUUGAUCAUUUUGGCUCCUGACUUGAAUUCAGAGUCAGCCUUCUCUUAGAUGAGUUGCCUUCCAAGGCUAACGAGGUGCUUGACUGGGGUUUGGCUGGAAUUUAACUCCAGACCAUUAUCUUGAGAUUUGCUCAGUUCAGACCACUCGGCCACCCAGCACCCUAGAUUUAUUAAAUAGGAAUCUUAGUUCCCUCACCUCAUGCAAGAAUUACUGGACAUUUUUUAUGUGCUUUCUAAGUUUUUAAAAAAAUGUCCAUGCCAUUUAAUUUUAUUUCUUUUAAAAAUAUUUUUGCUCAGGAAUUUGCCCCGACAGAUGAAGAGUUACAAGCUUACAGGAGAGGGGAAGAGUGGGACCCUGAGAAAGCUAAAGAGCUCUUGAAACAGAAGGUAGUUAAUAAACUGAAGUAUUUAUAGCCAUUCUAGUUAUAUUCUCAGUUGGCUUUAAUGUUAACUCUUCAACCUGCCCAAGUAAUCAGCUUGUCACCAUUAGCUUACUUUGACUAUUUUCAGUAAAGAGCCAUGACAUAUAAAUCAUGGAUUUGUUGAGUACUUCCCCCUAGAUGUAACGAAGCUAUUGAACUGCUUAUCCCCUUUAGCAGUUCGUAACAACUUCUGAAGAAAGCAAACAGCUUUGCCUAGGCUUAAAAAAUUGGUGUCUUGCCAUUUAUGACUAGUCUUCACAGUCAAGUUAUAGCUGUAGGAAUAAAUAUGCCAGAGUGCUUUUCUUAGACUUGUCAUCAGCAUUUAACACUAUCCAACCACACCUUAUGAUAAAGAAACUUUCCUCGUUAGUUGUCAAUUUAAAUAUUCAGGCUUGGAUACUGAACUUUUUAACAAAUCGACCACAAUAUAUCAAAGUAAAUAACCAAGUAUCUCUAACCAGAGAAAUAAGCACCGGGGCACCACAAGGCUGCGUUCUCUCUCCUGUACUGUAUACCAUAUAUACAAAUGAUAUUCAAAGCUCAAGCGACACCGUUCCAAUCUUAAAAUUUGCUGAUGAUACCACCAUUGUUGGUUUAAUGUCUGGAGGAGAAGGCAUAUACCGCAACUUAGUUAUGAGCUUUAUCAAUUGGUGCGAUGAAAAUUUUCUCCAGUUGAAUGUCUCAAAAACUAAAGAAAUGGUUGUUGAUUUCAGGAGGGGGAAACACCAGAUUACAGAUCUCAACAUAAAAAAUCAAAAUGUGGAGAAAGUGGAGGCAUGCAAGUACUUAGCUGUCACCAUUAAUAAUAAGCUAACAUGCCAUGAGCACGGCCAAAUACUGUAUAAGAAACUCAACCAAAGACUGUUCUACCUCAAAAAACUGUACAAUUUCAGUGUAAACAAGCAAGUCGUUAACUUAUUCUACAGUGCAACUAUUGGAAGCAAACUUAAUUUCAAUAUUACCUGCUGGUGUGGGAAUUCAACGUCUGAUAUUAAACACCGCAUAAACCGACUAAUGAAGAAAGCUAGGAACAUAACACAAACUAAGCGUCCUUUACUUGAAGAACUAUUUGAAGAAAGAUGUUUUUGCAAAACUAAACACAUUUUGGAUGAUACAUCCCACCCUCUUCAUCACAGAUACUUAGGAUCGGGCCGUUCGGGACGAAUUCUUUCCAUCAGGGCGAGGACUGACAGAUAUAAAAAUUCUUUUGUUACCCAAUCUGUACGAAUUUACCGGCAUGCCUCCUCUGAAGUCACACAUCUGAAUGAGAUCAAAUAAGUCUCCGAUUUUGCUAAGAGAACUCACUGAAUGGCUGUUUGAAAUAAUAUAUUAUAAAUGUCUUGUGUUCAAAUAGUUUUAUUUUUUAGCUGAAAAUGUAUAAUGCAAUAAAAAAUAUUUCAUUUAUUUGGAUCAAUAAAAGAAUCUUAUCUUAUCUUAAAUAUGUAACAUUUUUUAAUUAUUUACUAAAACAUAGGUAGAAUCAAUGGAUUUCUUUAUUAAGCGGGUCACCAUGAGGAGUAUAUUAUAAUUAUUUAAGUAAUUAUAAAAGUAGCUGUUCCUAAGAAACACUUUAAAAAGGAUACAGGGUCUUGCAUCAUCGAUGAACACAUACAAAUUGGGUUGUACUACAAACAAGUAACUCAAAUUUCGUUUUUAAUUGAUGAGGUUUACUUGUCAUGUACUUGGAUGACAAACUGACUGGUGUAGAUGAGAGAUUAUAUUAGUGCAGUUAUAAUCCAGAUUUCUUGUGUAAAGUUGCCUCCUAAACCAGUAAAUCAUUUCCUGGCAUCCUGAUUCAUCACCUCCAAAUCGAACUCGGAAGUCUCAUCCCCAUUGUUAUCUCUUGGCUCUGAAAGCAAAUUUGAUGGGGUUUUUUUGUUGAAUAUUUUCUCAAAAUUUUCAUUAAAAAUAAAAAAAAGCUUGAUGCCAGUUUAUUUAGUUUAAUUAAACUUUUUGUGAUGAAUUCUCUGAAUAAAAGGAACUGAUGAAUGUGACUUGUAUAACCUAGAUAAAGUUGCUGGUUCUGAAGUGCUCUAUGGCCUGUUCUGUUUCAGGAAUUGGAGGAAGCUCUAGAGAAAGGCAGGCCAUCAGAUCCCACCAAGGACAUCCCAGCAUCCAACUACAGAGAUAAAUACAAGCAUCUGAUAGGCGACGAGGCAGCCAAAGAAGCUGCCCGAGGUCUUGUCUCCAACACAUCCUAUGGUUUUGGUGAGUUAAGUAAAUUCACAGGUGGACUCUGACUGGCACACAAAUAAAUUAUUAGGUUCAAUAGAUGUGAUGAGCUGAGGGGGGGGGGGGGGGGGGGGGGACGACGAGGACAACCCCCUGAAUAAUUAAUUAAAAUGAAAAGUUAGUAAUAAUUCAGCCAAAAGUAAAAAGAAAAUAAAAAGUUUAUUAAAGUUAAAUUUUGAAGGUGGCCAUCCACAUAUUACAGACACCAAAAAAAUUUUCACUAAUGUGCACAACACCCUUCCCUCCCCUCUUUCUCUUACUUCCUCUCUCUCUCUCUUCCCUGUAUUAUUUAAACAUUAUCUGAUUCCAAUUGAACUUGUAGCUUCCUCUGGAUAGUUUUCCUGGAGGCAUUAAAAGUCUGGAAUUGUUACCAAGCUGAGACAACCACCAGGCAGCAGAUAUAGUUUUAAACUUACUAGCCAAUAGACCCGGUGUAACCCAAGAGUACAUUAUAGUUAUAAAGUUACUAGACAAUAUACCACAGAUAACCUGGGAGUACAUUAUAGUAAUAAACUAAUUAGCAAUAUACCCGGCAUAACCUGGGAGUACAUUAUAGUAAUAAACUAAUUAGCAAUAUACCCGGCAUAACCUGGGAGUACAUUAUAGUAAUAAACUAAUUAGCAAUAAACCCGGCAUAACCUGGGAGUACAUUAUAGUAAUAAAUUAAUUAGCAAUAUACCCGGCAUAACCUGGGAGUACAUUUUAGUUAUAAACUUACUAGCCAAAUACUCAGUGUAACCCGGGAGUAAAUUUGGAAAAAAAACUUAGCCAUUUAGCUAAAAUCGAAAUUAUUGGCCCUGUAAAAAGUACUUUGCUAAAGAAAAAGAAAAUAAAUUUAUAAUUUUUCUUAUUUAUAAUAUUUUUUGUCAACAUUUCGUUCCCCGAUGUGAUUCUCUUCCAUGAUGUGAUCCCAUUCCCCAAUGGAAUCCCAAUUCCAUUUUGUAUAAUUUAAAUAGAAAUCAAUAAAUUGAGUCAAUAUAUUAACAAUCUCUUACAACUUAAUGCAGACCUGCUAACCCUCCGACUUUGUCUGAAUUAUAUGGAUUUUUUAACCCUCAUUCCGACCUUCCAACAAACCCCUUAAAUUUCAGAUUUUCCAAACGUUAUAAAUUUUUCACCCGUCAUAAAAAUCCGAAAGCGACAAUAAAAAAAAAAUUUGGGUACGACAGGAAGUGGUGCAUUUUGUUGAUGCCACUUUCUUUGUCCGGCGACCAGACGAACAAGUUCUUGAGAUAUUCGUCCAGCUAUUAUAUAUAUAUAUAUAUAUAUACUGCCAUAACAAAGUUGCCCGAGAUAUUUGUCCGUGAGCAUUGUCACUUGAUCUCUGCUAGUCCAUCAGAGUUUACGGUACUUCAUUUCAACAAAUUCAAGUUAGUCUGGACAUUUACUUGAAAAAGAAAUAUUUUCAAUUCUACAAAAGGAAUUCUAGAACCUUUGCUGGUAUACAUAACGAUCGAUUGGUUAAAAGUGACCAUGUCAAAAUAAAGCAUGACAUAUCCAACGUAUGAAUAUCUCCCGCACUAUUUGUCCUGUCCGGUCACCGGACUUGUAGACACUGCCUUGUUUUUAUCAAAGCGAACCGGGAUCUCCAAAUCAUUCUUCAAUCAUCAAAUUAUCCGAUCAGCAUUCAUCCUUUUACUAGGCUCAAAAAUAAUUCAGUUGUGUUGUGACCUUUUUUUUUGUUAAAGCUUUUCUCAAUUAAAUGGAUAAAUCUAUUGAAAGUGGUGGGAUCAGUGAUAUUAAUAAACAUUUUUAACAUACAAAAAAAACAAUAUGCGACUGCAGCUAAGCAGGUGAAUUUACGACAUCCAAAUCCAAGUCUAAUUUCUUUGCCAAGGAAUCAAGCGAUUCAGUUAUCACAUGGGAAGUUUUUUUUACCACCUUUUUUAUUGAAGGCAAUAUUUCUCUAGCCAACUCGGAUCGUUUUAAUGGCAGAGUCAAAGAAAUGUUUCCAGACUGGCAGAUUGCUAGAAGAUAGGGAAGAAAAGUUGCAAUGAAACAAGGGCAAGCCUGAAAGUUGAUAUGUUUUCUAACUUGCAGUUGCAAUGCUAACCUUCAGUUGUCCAAAGAGAUGUUGGGCAAGUUCAAAAAGGCCACUAGGGAUAUGCUGGAAAACUCAAUUUAAAACUGAACUCUUAGCAGCAUGUAAAUAAAAUGGAUAUUAAGUUCUGUAUAGAUCUGUAUACAAACAUUUCCAGUCAUGUGUUUCUCAUGUUCUGUGCUUGUUCUGUGGACUCUUUGAAGAUAGUGGAGGGAACUUUUUAUUUCUUUAUAUACCAAAAAAAAAAAGCUUGUACAUUAGUAUGUAGAUAAUAAACCUCACACCCUCAGAUUUGUUUUCUUGGCAGGUUGGCAGGUCUGUUAAUGAUCUCUUACACUUUAGCCAUCCCUGUCUCUUACAAUUUAACCAUCUUUGUCUCUUACAAUUUAACCAUCCCCGUCUCUUACAAUUUAACCAUCUUUGUCUCUUACAAUUUAACCAUCUUUGUCUAUUACAAUUUAACCAUCCCUGUCUAUUACAAUUUAACCAUCUUUGUCUCUUACAAUUUAACCAUCUUUGUCUAUUACAAUUUAACCAUCCCUGUCUAUUACAAUUUAACCAUCUUUGUCUCUUACAAUUUACCCAUCUUUGUCUCUUACAAUUUAACCAUCCCUGUCUCUUACAAUUAACCAUCCCCGUCUCUUACAAUUUAACCAUCCCUGUCUCUUACAAUUUAACCAUCCCUGUCUAUUACAAUUUAACCAUCUUUGUCUCUUACAAUUUAACCAUCUUUGUCUCUUACAAUUUAACCAUCCCUGUCUCUUACAAUUUAACCAUCCCUGUCUCUUACAAUUUAACCAUCCCUGUCUAUUACAAUUUAACCAUCUUUGUCUCUUACAAUUUAACCAUCCCUGUCUAUUACAAUUUAACCAUCCCCGUCUCUUACAAUUUAACCAUCCCCCUCUCUUACAAUUUAACCAUCCCUGUCUAUUACAAUUUAACCAUCCCCGUCUCUUACAAUUAACCAUCCCUGUCUCUUACAAUUUAACCAUCCCUGUCUAUUACAAUUUAACCAUCCCCGUCUCUUACAAUUUAACCAUCCCCGUCUCUUACAAUUUAACCAUCCCUGUCUCUUACAAUUUAACCAUCCCUGUCUCUUACAAUUUAACCAUCUUUGUCUCUUACAAUUUAACCAUCCCUGUCUCUUACAAUUUAACCAUCCCUGUCUCUUACAAUUUAACCAUCCCUGUCUCUUACAAUUUAACCAUCCCUGUCUCUUACAAUUAACCAUCCCUGUCUCUUACAAUUUAACCAUCCCUGUCUCUUACAAUUUAACCAUCCCUGUCUCUUACAAUUUAACCAUCCCUGUCUCUUACAAUUAACCAUCCCUGUCUCUUACAAUUAACCAUCCCUGUCUCUUACAAUUUAACUAUCCCUGUCUCUUACAAUUUAACCAUCCCUGUCUCUUACAAUUUAACCAUCCCCGUCUCUUACAAUUUAACCAUCCCUGUCUCUUACAAUUUAACCAUCUUUGUCUCUUACAAUUUAACCAUCCCUGUCUCUUACAAUUUAACCAUCUUUGUCUCUUACAAUUUAACCAUCCCUGUCUCUUACAAUUUAACCAUCCCUGUCUCUUACAAUUUAACCAUCUUUGUCUCUUACAAUUUAACCAUCCCUGUCUCUUACAAUUAACCAUCUUUGUCUCUUACAAUUUAACCAUCCCUGUCUCUUACAAUUUAACCAUCUUUGUCUCUUACAAUUUAACCAUCCCUGUCUCUUACAAUUAACCAUCUUUGUCUCUUACAAUUUAACCAUCUUUGUCUCUUACAAUUUAACCAUCCCUGUCUCUUACAAUUUAACCAUCCCUGUCUCUUACAAUUUAACCAUCCCUGUCUCUUGCAAUUUAACCAUCUUUGUCUCUUACAAUUUAACCAUCUUUGUCUCUUACAAUUUAACCAUCCCUGUCUCUUACAAUUUAACCAUCCCUGUCUAUUACAAUUAACCAUCCCUGUCUCUUACAAUUUAACCAUCUUUGUCUCUUACAAUUUAACCAUCUUUGUCUCUUACAAUUAACAUCCCUGUCUCUUACAAUUUAACCAUCCCUGUCUCUUACAAUUAACCAUCCCUGUCUCUUACAAUUUAACCAUCUUUGUCUCUUACAAUUUAACCAUCCCUGUCUCUUACAAUUUAACCAUCUUUGUCUCUUACAAUUUAACCAUCCCUGUCUCUUACAAUUUAACCAUCCCUGUCUCUUACAAUUUAACCAUCCCUGUCACUUACAAUUUAACCAUCCCUGUCUCUUACAAUUUAACCAUCCCUGUCUCUUACAAUUUAACCAUCCCUGUCUCUUACAAUUUAACCAUCCCCGUCUCUUACAAUUAACCAUCCCUGUCUCUUACAAUUAACCAGCCCUGUCUCUUACAAUUAACCAUCCCUGUCUCUUACAAUUUAACCAUCCCUGUCUCUUACAAUUUAACCAUCCCUGUCUCUUACAAUUUAACUAUCCCUGUCUCUUACAAUUAUCCAUCCCUGUCUAUUACAAUUUAACCAUCCCUGUCUCUUACAAUUUAACCAUCCCUGUCUCUUACAAUUUAACCAUCUUUGUCUCUUACAAUUGAAUGGUCAUUUAUGACACUUGGUGUUGACAGUGCCCAGUAAAAACAAGCAAGACUCCAGGACCAUUGAGCAAGUUUUGGCUGACACCCGGGCCAAGAAGAGAAGGAAGAUGGAGGAAAUCUCUCCUGAAUCUUCCACCCCCUCCCCUGGCGACCAUGUGACCUCCUCUUCCACACAACCCUACCCCUCUGCUGACACCUCACAGCAUUCAUCUUCUGAUUCGGCCUGAUGACUUUGAUGGAUGUGCUGUGCUCUUUCAGGGAUGUUCAAACAUAGCCAUCAGGGCCACGGUCGAUGUCUUGUGGUCAGUGCGGCUGAUUGUCUAUGUUGAUCUAUUCACUAUGAUCUACGUAUUGCUAUAGAACAAGCUGCCUUAUCCUAGUCCACAACAAAAAGAGUUGUGGUUUAGCUGUUUUUGUCAACUUGGACUAAUUCAUCUUGUUGUAAUGCAUUCAUAAAGUCAGGGGUUAGGUGAGGUGUAUCUCUUCACUAAAGAUGAGGUGGGUUUCUAAAAAUAAAGGUGAGGUGUGUCUCUUCACUAAAGUUGAGGUGUGUCUCUCACUAAAGAUGAGGUGUGUCUCUUCACUAAAGAUGAGGUAGGUCUCUAAAAAUAAAGGUGAAGUGUGUCUCUUCACUAAAGGUGAGGUGUGUCUCUUCACUAAAGAUGAGAUGGAUCUCUUAAAAUAAAGGUGAAGUGUGUCUCUUCACUAAAGGUGAGGUGUCUCUCUUCACUAAAGGUGAGGUGUGUCUCUUCACUAAAGGUGAGGUGUGUCUCUUCACUAAAGGUGAGGUGUGUCUCUUCACUAAAGGUGAGGUGUUUCUCAUCAAUAAAGGGCAGGUGCUUCUCUAAAAUUUUGUGGGCUGUGUCUUUGCCUGUGGUAGAGGUGUGUCUCUUCACUAUAGGUGAUGGGUCUCUUUACUGGUGAUAAAUAUCAAACGCCCACAGGGGAGAUGAUACAAAGAUUUAGCCUUUAGUGGAGGGGCUCAGUUGACUAACUAGGAACCCCUGUGUAAAGAAACCUUUUUGCCCCCAAUUGUAAAUAUUGAUACAGGUCCUUGAUAUCAAUCUAUUUAUAAUUCAGAGGAAACCCUCAAGAGUUUUGAUUGAGAUUCCAAUGUAGUUAUGAGUGUUUGUUGCUGUGAGAUGCCCGAAUGUCAAGUUCAUGAGUGUUGAUUCACUGUGUGAUUUAUUCAGCGUGACCCACCUGUGUACAUGAACCUUCUCAAACAUGUUCCAGUGGACAUGACCUUGACCUAAAUCCACCUUUUUUAAAAUUUUAUACAACACAUAUUGAUGUCUGUUUCUUUUAAGUUUUCAAGUUGAUAAAUAGUUUGAUCUAUCAUGUCAUUAUCAUCUCUACUGUAACCACCAGCAGCAUUUGACUGUAAUAUUUAGCUGUACCAGUAAUAAAAUUAAGAAUUAAUCCUUUAAUUCCCAGAGAUGUGUUAUAGUUAUGAGUGAACACUAGACUCAGAAACUUGGCAGUGUUUGUUAAUCUUGCAAGGUGGAGUGUAUGUAAGACAGUGGCAGGGUGUGUUUGUAUCAAGCUGGGCUCAGUGUUUGCUUCUGGUACCUGUACAUUACAUUUACAUGUUUGCUUUGUUGAGCGUCUUACCAGGCUUCUAAUGUUUUGAAUGCAGAAUGUGAAUAAAGAAAAAGAUACAAUUUU